CACCACCCACUCCACUACUACCAACGACUCAUAGGAGCUCUGUGGAUGUGCAUACAACAAUCUACACCCAACAAUAACUCUCUCUCUGUCUGUGUGUCAAACUAAUUCUGAGGCAGAAAUCAUAACGAAAAAAAACGUCAUGAAUUCUAGGGUGGUAGCUCGUUCCGCGAUUUUGUCGCUGAUUCUGACUUGCGCCACAAUUAUGGCGACAGACACGGACAAGUGUUUCGGCGCGGGGGACGUUCCCAUCGAUGGUCACAAUUUAACGGGAAACUGGACAGAAAGUAAAUUGGAGUUUACCUUGGCCAUGUUUCAUUCGUUGUACGCUGGGGAAAAUCUGUUCUUCUCGCCGCACUCGAUCCACCAAGCCCUCGUGGUGGCCUUGAUGGGGGCGCGUGGCAAGACGGAGGCCCAACUUAGGAGCCUUCUUAACUUGGAAAAUGUUCCUAAAGUGUCGCUACUCCAACAUCUUCGAGCGGAUGGGAUGCAUCGGGAUUCCAUCUGUCCGUCAAGUCCUGGGGUGGAACUCCGCGUCGCCAAUAAGAUCUUUGUCGACAAGAGUGAACCUCUGCAGGCUUGUGUGUUGACGCAUUUAGGCCCAGAAGUGGAACAGCUCGACUUGGUGAAUGAUACGGAAGGGUCGAGAGCUAUCAUGAAUAAAUGGGUUGAGGAAAUCACUCACAACAAAAUCUACUCCCUCGUCCCCCCACUGCCGCCCAACUCUCGCCUCGCCAUCGUUAACGGUGCCUACUUUCGCGGCGUGUGGGAACACCAGUUCAAAAAGAGCAAGACGAAACUCGGCCUUUUCUACUCCUCCCCCACGGAAGUCGUCCCCACCUACAUGAUGCACACCAAGGGCUACUAUCACCACGGAGCGUCCCCAGAAUUGGGCGCCUACGUGCUGGAGCUUCCCUACGAGGGGGACUCGAUGUCCCUGGUUCUCCUUCUCCCUCCAUUUUCGCCAGGCGCCAUCACCCGCACAGUGACCGCCCUGGGUCGUGGUGGCCUCAAAAGAGCGAUGGAAGAAUUGGCAGGAACAUCGUUGGAGGUCGUCCUGCCAAGAUUUUCUCUUUCCCACACCCUCCCACUCACCCAGGCCCUCACCGACCUCGGGUUGACGUCCCUCUUCAACCGGAGUGGGGCUGAACUUGGUGAUUUUUCCACAAAACCGGAAGGUCUCUUUGUGGAGGAGGCGAUUCACAAGGCGUUCCUCGAAGUGAACGAGGAGGGGGCGAGUGCAGGGGGUGGGACGGCGCUGAUCGGCACGAGGAGUGGGCGCCCAUUGGAUCAGAGUCGCUUCGUGGCGAAUCAUCCCUUCAUUAUGGGCGUUUGGGACAAGUGUCGGGAGACAAUGUUGUUCAUGGGAGUGUUGCACAGGCCGCAGACGAAGGGACAAGGAGGCGAAGGGUCAGAAGAAAAUGCGACAACGACGACUACGACAGAGCAAGUUAACGUUAAUGAGAAGAAAGUAUGAAAGAAUAAAUAGUAAUAAAAUAAAGAGAGAGUGAUAAAAAAAGUUGGUGUCUUAA